AUGACCAUUAAUUAUAAUUUGGCAGUUUCGACGUCGAAACCUUGGACUCUGUUCAAAUUACUCUUGAAAUGGCGCGGGAGCAUUUGGAAAGCAGUGAUACUUGAGCUUGUUGUUUGGCUAAUGUUCUUCGGUAUCCUCAGUAUCAUCUACAGGACCGCACUUACCUAUGAGCAGCAAAGGACGUUCGAGAGAGUGGUACAGUACUGCGAUGCUAGGCUCGACUACAUUCCUUUGAAUUUCAUGCUGGGUUUUUUCGUAACUGCCGUUGUUAACAGAUGGACUACGUUAUACCAAAUAAUUGGAUUUAUUGACAAUAUUGGCUUGAUGACGGCAGAAUACGUUCGAGGGCGUAGUGAACUAGCUCGGAUGUAUCGCAGGAAUAUUGUACGGUACUGUGAGUUGGCCCAGGUUCUCGUGUUUCGAGACAUCAGUAUGAGAACUAGGAGACGGUUUCCAACGUUGGACACUGUUGUGGCUGCGGGAUUUAUGAUGCCUCAUGAGAAAGAACGAUUCGAUGAAAUUCAGUACCGGUACUCGAAAUACUGGCUGCCGUUUCAAUGGGCUUUGGCACUUACCUAUGAUGCCAGAAAGAAGGGCCUCAUUGAAAGUGAUUACUAUCAAGUCGUCGUACAGGAGGAAAUCAAGAAGUUCCGUACUGGUCUCGCGUGGAUUUGCAACUACGAUUGGGUGCCGAUUCCUAUCAUGUAUCCCCAGCUGGUCUGUCUAGCCGUUCACACCUACUUCAUUGUCUGCCUCCUUGCCAGACAGUACAUAGUUUCUGAAAACGUUGAUUUGUACUUCCCGAUAAUGUCCACUCUUCAGUUCAUUUUCUACAUGGGUUGGAUGAAGGUUGCUGAAGCGAUGCUGAAUCCAUUCGGAGAGGACGAUGAUGAUUUCGAAUGCAAUGCCCUUAUCGACCGAAAUAUAACAAUGGUUCUAAUGAUGGUUGACCAAGGUUAUGAUCGCCCGCCGGAUCUCAGGAAAGAUCCAUUCUGGGAUGAUGAAGUUGAGCCGCUUUAUUCGGAGGAAGCGGCGAAAAUUCCUAAUCAUCCACUCAAGGGUUCUAGGAUCGUUUGCAGACUUCCCGAGAGCGUGCACGAAAUCAGAAUGGUUCCCCAUUUCGACGAUCGUGAUCCAUUGAUUAUGAAUUCUCUGGCUAUGCGGAGAAGAAUCAGCGUUGUUCCUGUUAGCCAGUUGGUCCCUUCCUCAGUUUUUUUCUGUUUUCUUUUGUGCUCGACGUGCUUGACAUGGUAG